GAGUACAGCAGUGUAGAGUUGUUGUCGGAGAGGGAGGAGGAAGGCUGAGUGGAGACAGGAGGGAAAGAGAGAGUGCAAAAAUAUAGCAUAUAAGCAGGAGGAAAUACAACAUUGAUCAUGGCGUCGGGGGACACCCUGUACAUUGAGACGGACGGGUCAGAAAUGCCGGCGGAAAUAGUGGAGCUGCAUGAAAUAGAAGUAGAGACAAUCGAGACAACAGUUGUUGGAGACGACGGUGAACACCAGCCCAUGAUCGCCUUACAGCCUCUUGACACGGAUGAUCCAAACUCGAUUCACCCGCACCAAGAGGUGAUUCUGGUGCAAACACGAGAAGAGGUGGUGGGUGAGGAUGACUCUGAACUGCACACGGAUGAUGGCUUUGAGGACCAAAUCCUCAUCCCAGUACCCGCCGUGGAGGAGGACUAUAUCGAACAGACUCUGGUUACUGUCGCCGGGAAAAGCUCGUCGACAGGCCGGAUGAAGAGGGCUGGAAGCGGAAAGAAAUCGGGCAAAAAGAGCUACCUGAGCGGGGGAGAAAUGGGCAGGAAAUGGGAGCAGAAGCAGGUCCAGAUAAAGACUCUGGAGGGGGAGUUUUCAGUGACUAUGUGGGCAUCGGAUGACAAGAAGGACAUUGACCACGAGGAGCAAAUCACUGGUGAAAACUCUCCUCCAGAUUAUUCUGAAUACAUGACAGGGAAGAAGCUUCCUCCAGGAGGCAUCCCAGGCAUUGACCUCUCAGACCCCAAACAGCUGGCAGAGUUUGCACGAAUGAAGCCAAGAAAAGUGAAAGAAGACGACGCACCCAGGACGAUAGCCUGUCCACACAAAGGAUGUACCAAGAUGUUCAGGGACAACUCGGCGAUGAGAAAGCACUUGCAUACCCACGGGCCCCGUGUGCACGUAUGCGCAGAGUGCGGCAAAGCCUUCGUAGAAAGUUCAAAACUGAAGAGGCAUCAACUCGUGCACACAGGAGAGAAACCUUUCCAGUGCACAUUUGAGGGCUGUGGCAAGCGGUUCUCUCUGGACUUUAACCUGCGCACACAUGUGCGUAUUCACACUGGAGACCGCCCAUAUGUAUGCCCCUUUGACGGCUGCAACAAAAAAUUUGCCCAGUCAACCAACCUGAAGUCUCACAUCCUCACACACGCCAAAGCCAAAAACAACCAGUGAAAAGACGAUGUGAGCAUACACUGGAGGACUCGACCUGUAUCUCUGCUCCUUGACAGACAAACUUGUGUCCCGUGGCCUGCUUUGUUGUGAGAUAAGAAGUCCCCUUUGUAUCAUCUCUAGAUGAAAGGCUUUUGAGAAGCGACCUUUUCUCAGACUUUUUGAUAAACUUAUGGAGGUUUGAACAAUGAACUCGUGAGAACCCCGACCCCCUCAGGCCUCCUACCCUCCUUUGGCGCUACCUGGAUGGAACAAUUUAUGCUUUCUUCUUGUGAAGAUGUUGAUUCAUGGAUCUACACCUAAAAUGUAUUUAUACCUUCACACAGCCAGUUAAAUAUGUUUUUGCAAUAGAUGUCAAAUUUGCAUCAAUCCUCAGAAAUGAUACCUUUUCAAUUUUGUACUUUCCCCCAAGUGUGCAUAUUGUACACUGUUUGACAUAAGCUCUGUGGUAAUGUAUGUAGUAAGACUGUCCCUGUAGCUCCUCUUGGGCUUCACAGUUUGUUUUACCUCUCCUUUUCCCUUUCAUGUGAGUGUGUUUCAAGGGGGAUUGGGUGGUCUUUGCAUAUUUUCAUUUUGUACAAGGCAAUAUCAGAAUCAUGUAGAUAAUAGCCAUGUGAUUUUCAAUAUUGAUCACUGAUUAAACUGUUUUUCCCCCUUGCACUACCAACACAGAAGUGUCAUUUGUCCUCUCACAAUUAAACGCAACCUUAAGUAACAGGUUUGAAAAGUUAUUCAGCUGUGUUUUAGUAGUGGUAAGUCAUUUCGAGAGCACCUGUGGUGACAUAACUGGGAUAUGGACUCAUUUAUUUUCAGAAAUAUUGUAUAUUUUCAGACAAGAAUGUAACAUUUUUAAACAAAUCUGAGCCCAUGGAGUCAGUGAAUGUGUUCUUGAUAUUAACCUCACAAUUUAUUAACUAAUGAAAUGAAAGUGUUUAAAAGGUAGAUGUAGCAUCAUAUUUACAGUUAAAUGUUGAUAGAAUGUGUCAUUGAUAUUUAAGGUUGCCUCAGCAGUUAAAUAAUAGCUGAUAAAUUAUUUCAGUUUUCAUUUCCUUGUUUGAUAACAUGUAGAAGGACAAGAAUAAGAAGUGAAACAAAUUCUGGUCUAUUUCUUCAUUUUAUUUUUCAGCACACUGCAUAUACAUUAUAAAACUUCAACUGAGCAGCUUGAAAGUGGUGUCUUACACAGCUGGUUAAUUGUUUAACAAUGUUUUAAACACACUGAACAUUGUUUCUGUCUGACAUGACACAAAGGCACAAUGGACUCCAGCAACAAUGUAAAAAAUUUGCAUUGGAAAUAAAUGAUUCAUUUU